AUGGAAGUGAAUGAGAAAUGCGACGUGUAUAGCUUCGGAGUAGUAACGUUGGAACUGAUUAUGGGAAGGCAUCCGGGAGAUCUGUUGUCAUCUUUAUCAUCUGCGUCUUUGUUGUCAUCUUCAUCAUCUGCAUUACCUGCCCAUCAAAUGCCAAUGGAGGAUAUUUUGGACCAACGCAUUCCCCCCCUACACAUCAAGAAGCAGGGGAAGUGGUCUCUCUAG